AUGUCGAACUGGGACAACGGCCCAGUUCAGGUUGAGAGUCAAUGGACCGGGAGUAACAGCAACUGGAACAGCCAGCCCGCCGGCGGCUUCAGUGGAAAUGACUAUGCUGCUGACAGUCAUGCGUUUGACAAUGGCGGAAACAAUGGUGGAAACCAAGGGUACAAUGAUCAAGACGGCCCCGGCGACAAUAAGUGCUUCUCGUGUGGCGAAGAAGGACACCGCAAAUUCGAGUGUCCCAAUGCCCCCCAGAUGACCUGCAACUACUGCAAGGAGCCGGGCCAUAUGGCUAAGGAAUGCCCAACGAAGCCCGCUAUGAGCUGCAACAACUGUGGCGAAGAAGGGCACAUGAGCAAGGAUUGCACAAAUCCAAGGAAGAUUGAUCGCAGCGGCGUUGCCGACAUGGACGCUGAGGCUGCAUGGGAAAUGAUUAAACGAGCGGCAGCCGAGCAAGAUGCAGAGGACGCAAAGGAAGGUAUCCAGGCCUACGUGAAGGCUCUGAAUGGCAGAAUCACCUAUCGGGAGCUCCAAGAGGCGCUCAUUGAUAACAAGAUCAACCUGUGGCUCAUCUCGACGGAGAAAUCGUUGAUCGAAAUCUUCACAAACAUGGACCUACAAGGCAACAUGGGUAAGAAGUACACGAUCUCUUACAGAUUCUCCGACCAGCCUCAGAGACCUCGAGAGAUCGAGGGUUGGCCAAAAAGCAUUGAAGAGAUCCUGUCUCGCCUCGACGAUGCAGGCGACGUUGUCGACAGUGGAAGGCCCAAGUGUAGCAACUGCGAUGAGCUUGGGCAUAUCGCAAAGCAGUGCCCUCAGGAAAAAGUUGUGCGCGAAGUAAAGGUCCAAACUUGCUACAACUGCAGCGGAGAAGGUCAUCGAGUUCGUGAUUGUCCUGAGCCUCGUAAGGAUCGCUUUGCUUGCAGAAACUGCGGGUAUGUCAACAUGUCUCCUCGAUCCCCUUAUCUUUUUAUCGAUGUUAAUGUUGGUGAUAGCAAAUCUGGCCAUAGGGCUACCGACUGCGAGGAGGAGCCGAACCUUGACAACGUCACCUGCCGCAAAUGCGAAGAGACCGGACACUUUGCAAAGGAUUGCCCCAAGGGCGGCGCCCGUGGCUGCAGAAACUGCGGCCAAGAGGGCCACUUUGCGGCCGACUGCGACCAGCCGCCGAAUCUCGACAACGUUGUGUGCCGCAACUGUGAGAAGAAUGGUCACUUCAGCCGUGACUGCCCGGAGCCGAAAGACUGGUCUAAAGUCAAGUGCUCCAACUGCCAGGAGUUUGGACACACCAAAGUUCGAUGCAAGCAGCCUCCGGCAGACCAGCCUGACAAUGACACUGGCGGCGGUUUUGAUGGAAACGCCGGUGGUGAUUCUGGGGCAGGUGGCGGCUGGAACAAUGGUGGUGACAGUGGCAAUGGUGGUGACUACGGUCAGCAGAAUUUCAGCAGUGGUGGCGGCGACGGGUGGUAA